CGAGAACGAGCUCAUCUUUCAGCUGCUACGGAGAUUGUGGAUUCUGAAUCGGAGCUAGGGUUUGAGGGGAAUCGAGAACGAUCAGGGCUCCACGAGAAACACAGCACGUGAGCACUCAGGAGGACAAGCGAUACCAAGAAAAUUAUUUUAAAAGCAUUUUCAUUCUCAAGGCCCAAGAACAGCAAAAAAAAAAAACGCAACGGCCUUAAAAGUGUUUCGGCCCUUCAACGGCCCACGUUUGACUGAGUUUGACACCAUCUUUGAUAAUGCUGACGCCAUUCUCUCGGAGUGUGUAAUUCCAAUUCUCGGUAUGGAAGGAGGUGGAGGAGGAAGUAGAAGCGCCGCCGCGGGAGUUGUCCCGGAGUCAGCUAUGGAGGCUGUGAAACAAACUCUAUCCCACCUCGAGGAACUGAAACGGCAGCUCGAGCAGAUGAUGACGUCUUUAGCUAAGCCAGAGGCUCUUUCCCAAAUGCAGCCACUGCAGAGGGCUAAGACUAUGUACUUUCUAGCCGAAUCCACCACAACGAUUUUCACUCUGAGGCUGAGGUGUGCUGGUGUUAACCCCGAUGAUCAUCGUGUGAAAUCUGAAAUUGAGAGGCUAAACGUUUACAGAGACAAGUUGCAGCGGUGUAUGGAUCGAAGUAAAGAACCGUUGCGUCAGACUACAGUCUUAAACCGUCAGGCAGCUACACGUUUCAUCGAACACUCUUUGCCUGAUCUUACAUCUGCUCAAAAGCAAAACAUCAGAGACCUGAGUAUAGGAGAGAAAUCAAGUAUGACAUAUUCAGCAACAACUGCGAAAAAGAGGAAAUGCCAAUCAGAUGAGAAACAGUCUGUUCAGUCAGCUGCAAAGGAGUUUCUUGAAAAGGCAGCUCGUGAGCUUAAUAAUGGUGACAAUGAAGAUGGUUUGAAGGGCCCUCUAAUGGCAGCAGCCGAUGGUUCAAAUGAUGCUGUUUCCAAUAGUUAGGGACGAUGUAUGUUGUACAUUGCCAUUAUGGUUAGCAAGAAGCUUUUCAUCUAGUAUAUAUUCAGAAUAGCCAAACGAAUUUUAAAACAA